AUGCCAACAGGGCAGAAAGAAAUCCGCAACGUUCAAGAACAAGUUAAGCAGCGCUAUAAGAAUGGAAUUUACUAUCGCGAGUUGAUUACUGAAAAGUCGCCUGAAAUAGUUGUGCGCAAUCUGGACCUCUCUCUGGAUAAGAAAACUUUAUUUACAGACCUUGAUUUUGCACUUUCCUAUGGCAACAAGGAGACAAUAGUGGGGGAAAAUGGGAGUGGAAAAACCACAUUCUUAAAGCUUUUGUCCGGAGUGGAGGAUUACCCAUAUUCAGGAUCUAUUGGGAUCGAGGGCACAGUGGGAUUUCUGCCUCAACAUUUCGAGGAAGUCGACGGUGAUGAAUUAGCAAUCAAUGUUUUACUCAGAUCGUUGUACGACGAAGACAUCAAUUCGUUUUUAGAAUCUUCCUUCGAGCCCUUUUCACAUGAGUGGCUACAAGAGUUGAACUUGCUGGGUGGGCACGAGAUAUUCAGGCAGUCGUCUCUCAUUGGGCUGAAAAAUGAGAUACUGAAGCGUCCCUUCAAAUCUCUUAGCGGUGGUGAGAAAACAAAAACUCUUCUAUGCGCACUUAGCAUCUUGGAACCAGACUUCAUUCUGUUGGACGAACCAACAAAUCAUUUGGACAAGAAGGGUCUUGAAUGGUUGGAGUCUUUUUUGAAAAGAUACAGUGGCGGUGUCAUAAUUGUUACACACGAUCGAGCUCUAAUCAAUGCAGUCUCGAAUUUUAUUUCCGAAUUGUCACCUUACACCAAAAAGUUUACACAUUUUAAAGGCGGCUACAAGCACUAUUUAGAAGAGGAAGAUAAGAAACGACGAAGACUGAUUGAGGAAAGACGUUCUCAGGACAAAGAGCUUAAGAAACUGAAAUCUAAGGCUGCUCAGGCGCAAUCAAAGGUCAAGGCGAGAAUCGUUAGAUCAGGAUCGGAUAGAGAUAAAUUAAGCUACAACAACAAGGAACAAAGGGCUCAAAAGGGAACUACUGGCCUUGUGAAUCAACUUUCUGACAAAGUUGACCAUGUAAGUAGUAGUUUGGUUGAAGUCAUUCCCGAAAGAUCGCAAAUAUCAUUUGAUUUUGACGAAACUUCUGCAUUUAGUUCACUUUUGGGGAUAGCCGUGUCUGAGAUUUCAAAGUCAUACGAGAAACACAUUUUUAGUAACGUGUCUUUUUCUUUGAUUAAAGGUGAAAGAUUGAUAAUCGAGGGGCCUAAUGGUUCCGGUAAAACUACUUUAAACCGAAUUCUUAUGGGUCUAACAGAGGCAGAUCAUGGUGCAGUCUCUAUCAGUGGAAAUGCAGUUGUUGGUUACUUAGAUCAGGAGCAAGAGAACCUUCCUUUGGAUAAGUCUCCAGUUGAGUUGCUGCAGGAAGAUACCUCCAUAAAUGCCUCAAAGCAGAAAGCGAUUAGUAGCUUGAAUCAUUUCGGAAUUUAUAAGUGGCACGAUUUAAAGAGUCCUCUAAAAUCAUUGAGUGUGGGGUGCCGCCGUAAAGCACAGCUUUGUCAAAUUAUCAUGAGGAAAUGUUCUAUCCUUAUUCUAGAUGAGCCUACCAAUCACAUUGAUUUUCCAAGUUUAGAAGUUAUUGAAAAUGCCUUAUUGACAUUCCCGGGUAUCAUAAUAGCUUCAACACAUGACAGAUAUUUCACACAGAAGGUGGCCACGAGAGUUAUAGAUUUGUCGAAGUACAGCUCAGAAUAA